AACAGAGAUUGCUAGAGCUCUGCGUACAACUACGGCAAAACGCCUAUCUCAGUGUGUGGAAGUGAUGCUGCACCUAUAGGCACACUGCCCACCUGCUCCGUUGCACUGACAGCCCAUGAGUAUUUCUCAAAAUAGAUAUUUGCUCUCUAUCACUCUGCCAAACCACGGGAUGACAUUAAAUGACGCGUCCGGGGAUGUUUUAAAUGAUUUACAAGUUCUUUAGCUGUUAAUUAAACGCACAAAGAAAAAGAAAACAACUUCACUAAACAGUUUACGCACACGCGAGGAGCAUUCCCAGGUUUUCCCGUGAUGACUGUAUGAAUGCACUGAAAUAAGAAGUACUGCACAUUGACAAACCCAUUUGGAGCACCACUAUCUCUCCGCGCGCGUGGGAUCCAAGCAGUAGCCAGGCGCGAGACAUCUGAGGAAUUACAUCGUCUCUUCUAAAAGUCAUUCACAGAUGUUUUUCGCUGCUCGUGCGUGGACCGUGGACUUUUUCAUGGACAUGGAUCGUUUUCUCUAGUUGGAUACCGACUGGUCACUACGUGAAGCUGUUUGAUUCUGGGAUUUUCUUCAGUCUGCUUCACGGCACUUCAUCUCCUCCAGCAGUGAUGCCGCUACGUGACGGGAAUUGAGAGUUUCUAUAUAUUCACUGAGAAAUCCGAGACCUUGCAGAUCUUUGAAGAGAGUGCAGCACCUACUCUGAGUAUGGACUUGGCAAGUGAGGCCUAUGUUCUGGUGGUUUUACUCACCUGCUUAUUCUUGAUGUGCCGGGCUCAAGAGAAGGACUACACAGUAAAAGAGGAGCAGCCGGAGAAUGUGCGAAUCGGAAACCUCCGCAAAGACCUAAACUUGAACCUAGAUCCAGACGUUAAACUGUCUUCAGCACUGCAGUUCAAACCUGUCUACAAGACAGGUGAUGUGCCUUUGGUCAAGGUAGAAGCCAGCACGGGAGAGAUUUUCACCACAGCCAACCGCAUCGACCGUGAGAAACUCUGCUCCGGAGUCUUCAAUGAGAAGCGCUGCUUUUACGAGAUCGAGGUUGCCGUGCUACCCGACGAGAUUUUCCGACUGGUCAAGAUACGCUUCCUCAUCGAAGACAUCAACGACAAUGCCCCACUCUUCCAGUCGACGGUUAUCAACAUCUCCAUUCCAGAAAACACCGCCAUCAACAGUCGCUACCCUGUCCCUUCUGCAUUUGACCCUGAUAUAGGAAUCAAUGGGAUUCAACACUAUGAGCUUGUCAAGAGUGUGAGUGAAUUUGGCCUGGACAUCAUUGAGACGCCUGAAGGAGACAAAUGGCCCCAACUCAUAGUUCAGCAGAGCCUCGAUCGGGAGACGAAGGACACCUUUGUGAUGAAAAUUAAAGUAGAGGAUGGUGGCACCCCUCCAAAGUCCAGCACAGCCAUUCUGCAGGUGACCGUCUCAGAUGUGAAUGAUAAUCGGCCGGUGUUCAAGGACAGCGAGGUGGAGGUAAACGUUCCUGAGAAUGCCCCAAUGGGAACAUCUGUCACUCACCUUCAUGCCACAGAUGCUGAUCUGGGGUCCAAUGCUCAGAUUCACUUCUCCUUCAGCAACCAAAUCUCCCCUGCCACCAAACGACAUUUUGCUAUUGACAGCACAACCGGACUGAUUACCGUCAAGCAGCCGUUGGACAGGGAAGUCAACCCAGUGCACAAGCUUAUAGUGCUGGCCAGUGACGGAAGCUCAACCCCUUCAAGGGCUACAGUGAUAGUCAAUGUAACAGACAUUAAUGACAAUGUCCCCUCUAUAGAUACCCGUUAUAUAAUUAAUCUAGUUAAUGGCACUGUGCUGUUGUCUGAAAAUGCCCCGCUUAACACAAAAAUAGCUCUAAUUACAGUGACAGACAGAGAUGCGGAUCUUAACGGUAAAGUGACUUGUUACACUGAUCAUGAUGUACCUUUCAGACUGAAGCCAGUCUUCAAUGACCAGUUUUUGCUCGAAACUGCCGCACCCUUAGAUUAUGAGACCACUCGAGAGUAUGCGAUUAGGAUAGUUGCAUCUGACUCGGGGAAACCUCCUUUGAACACUUCAGCAAUGGUUCUGAUUAAAAUCAAGGAUGAGAAUGACAAUGUCCCAGUUUUCCCUCAGCCUGAAAUCCAGCUGUCCAUUCCGGAAAACAAUGACCCCGGCACACAGUUGAUAAAAAUCAGUGCGACAGAUGCAGAUAGUGGUUCUAAUGCCCUUAUUAUUUAUAGUCUUGGUCCAGAUGCUCCUGAUGGGUUUAACAUAGAUCCCCGGUCUGGUAUCCUUUCUGUUGUCAAAAGGCUGGAUAGAGAGAAGCAGGAGAAGUAUUCAUUUACGGUCAUUGCCAGGGAUAAUGGUUCUACCCCGCUUCAAAGCAACGUCACCGUAAAGCUAAUAGUCCAAGACCAAAAUGACAACAGUCCAGCCUUUACCCAUCCUGAGUACAACUUCUAUGUGCCUGAGAACCUGCCUUUGUAUGGAACAGUUGGUUUGAUCACUGUCACAGAUGCAGAUGCUGGCGACAAUGCAGUCGUCACCCUCUCGAUCAUAAACGGAAAGGACAAUUUCAUCAUUGACCCAAAAACCGGGGUGAUCAAACCAAACAUUACCUUCGACAGGGAGCAACAAAGUUCUUACACAUUUGUUGUCAAGGCUGUGGACGCAGGUCAAAUGCAAACCACCUCAUAUGCCAAGGUCACCAUAAACGUUGUUGAUGUGAAUGACAAUCGACCGGUGUUUGUCAUCCCCUCCUCGAACUACUCCUAUGAUCUAGUACCUUCAACCACCAGCCCUGGAUCUGUGGUGACCAGAGUGUUUGCCAUUGACAAUGACACUGGGAUGAACGCAGAGCUGCAGUAUAGUAUUAUUGGAGGGUCGCCGAGAGGAUUGUUUGCCAUUGACAAAACGACAGGCAACAUUACUCUGCAGGAGAAGAUUAUAGCGACAGACCAAGGUCUCCAUAGGCUGGUGGUAAAGGUUAAGGAUUUGGGACAGCCUGAGUCCUUGCAUGCAAUCGCCCUUGUUCAUUUGUUUGUGAAUGAUACUGUCUCUAAUGCCACGUUCAUCCAGGAGCAACUACGCAAGAGUUUGGAGACGCCCUUGGAGCGGAACAUUGGGGACAACGAUGUGACGCCCCAGACCAAUGGCUACGUAAUUGUCGUUAUUGCCAUAAUUGCUGGGACUAUGACUGUUAUCUUGGUGAUCUUUGUGACCGCUUUGGUACGCUGUCGACAGACACCGAGACACAAAGUUGUCCAAAAGAGCAAGCAGAGCGGUGAGUGGGUAUCACCAAACCAGGAAGGUCGGCAGAUUAAAAAGAAAAAGAAGAAGAAGAAGAGGUCUCCAAAAAGUUUGCUGUUGAAUUUCGUAACCAUCGAGGAACCCAAGUCCGAUGACCCUACCCAUGAGCACAUCAAUGGCACCUUAGACCUCCCUGUUGAACUUGAGGAGCAGACAAUGGGAAAGUACAACUGGGCUACCACACCGACUACCUUCAAACCUGACAGUCCUGACUUAGCCAAGCACUACAAAUCCGCUUCCCCUCAGCCAACAUUCCAGAUCAAACCAGAGACCCCUGUGGCUCCCAAGAAGCAUCAUGUCAUCCAGGAACUCCCACUGGACAACACAUUCGUGGUGGGCUGUGACUCACUCUCCAAAUGUUCCUCCAGCAGCUCCGACCCCUACAGCGUUUCAGAGUGCAGCUGUCAAGGGAGCUUCAAGGCACCUGGACAAAUCCACACCAGACAGAACCAGAGCCAAACCCCAGAUAAAACAUUCUCUGUUGUCCCAGCCACGUGCCCUCACAAGCAGACGCAACGCCGCGUGACCUUUCACCUCCCAGACGGCUCUCAGGAGAGCUGCAGUGACAGCGGGCUUGGAGAGCAGGAGCCCAACAGCGGUGCCAGCACCACCCAGCCUCUGCCCUUGGGCUUCCCUCAGGAAGAGUACUAUGAACAGACCUCACCGAACAGCCGCACCGAGGGUGACGGCAACUCCGACCCCGAGUCCACUAUUGAAGUGAACCUGCAGAAGGCUCUCGCCGAAGCCUCGGAGACCUGUACCCAGGAAUGUCUGAUCCUGGGUCAUUCUGACAGCUGCUGGAUGCCGCCAGCGCUGACCCAAUUCCAGACGUCCGGCGCCGCCACUCUGUCCUCCUUUGGUUUUCAACAAAGCUGGGCGCGGGGGACCAAGCCAGAUGGGCGUCACACCCUUGGCAGGUCAGUGCCCAAAGAUGAUCUGGACAAAGGGAGCAACCGGCCCCAAUUCUACAACACACUUGAGAGACACUGCAGCAAGAAAGAGGAUACUGUCAAGGUCAUCCCUCUAGCCAGCUUUUCCGCCACGUCCAGCCCCCAGACAUCCGCGAGCGGAAGCGCCUUCCUGCACGAGCAUCAGCUGUAGAAGCGAGGGUAGGCCUCGGAGCACGGCAUAAUGAGAGUGAUUGAAAACGAAAAGCUGACAGGGUACUGAUGAAUAUUAGCAUCUGUCAAACGUUUCAUGACACGGCAGAAGGGGAAGUUAAAGCAAAGGACAGUAGCUUUCGAGAUCAUCUAUGAAACUGAAACAUGUACAGUAGACAAAUGGUAGAUAUAGACCAAAGUAGCUCCUCAAGUUAAAAAAAAAAAAGAAAAAAAAGUGGUUUAAAUAUGUCUUAGUGACAGAUUAGUGGCAAAUGAAUUAAGCUUUACUGUUGAUCAAAAGGGAUGAGUUUUUUUAUUUCAUUGUUUGUGCGCCUUUUGAAUACGGCUUGACAUAGCAAACUACUUAAGUGUGUGCUGCUGGAAGAAAUCAUUGCAUAUGUUUACAUGCACACCGAUAUUCCUACUAAAUUAUGAAACGGCAGUAUUAAGAAAAACAAAAAAAAAACUAAUGUAAGCGCCAUGUUCCUGUUACUUAUAGAAAAUGUGUGCAUAUUCCACACAUUGUUUGGGCUGUUUUAAAUCUGUAUGCUUGCACGUCUGCAUUUCAGCAGUUGGUGGUCUUCGCAAGUUUAAUUGGCGCUCACUAACAGCAAAGCCAGUGCUUAUUUCUUUGUGCUUUGCACAUGACUGCAGACACAAUAACAUAACAAUAAAAAUUAGGCUCCGAGUUAAGAACCACAUUUGGAAUAUUGCGAGGCAUGUAAGCGUAGUCAAUAAGGUUAAGUGUUAUGUUUGAGUGCUGGGUGAUUCCAGUAUUUCCUUCAGCUUCGGAGAGGUGCGAUGUUUGCAGCUGAAUUUCCGCCUGAGUCAGUUUUAUUCUGCUAAAGAGACCUUGUUCCAUGCCCCUUAAUGUGCUGCUUACUCUGUCAAGACUACAGAUACAGCUAAGCCUCUCUGCAAAAAUUAGUCUUGCUCUGUGUUAACACGUAGAAACUUUUAUAUAUUAGGGUGCUUUUUUCUUCUUAAACUUUGACGUUAGCUCUUUUCUCCCUGGUGAGCUUAGAGCCUUCCUCUGAUGUUCAGUGUGUUGGUAGUUUCCAUGCAUCUGACACCCUUUCUCUCCCAUUAUAAGAAACCCGCUUAUUUGCAACAUUAUCUCAUUAGCUGGGGCACAGACAUGGCUAAAAAGACAUCCUUUGUUUUUUCGCACUACUACAUCAAGUUUUUCUCUUGAUAUAUACAAUGUAUGCACCACAAUAAGUGCUAUGGAACCAAUUACAAGAAUCUCCCAAUAGUAUAAUUACUUUGAUCAGUAAUCACCGUUAAAGAAGCAGAGUGCUGCUCUAUAGUAGCGUAAUUGGCUACCUUUUGUAUGUGUGUGUAUGCGCGUGCUCGUUAGCUAAAUGGUGCGCACUUCUUUUUAAACUUACGAAAAAAUAAGCGUUUGUGAGAUUUAUAUAUAAUGAUGUCAAAGAAACAGCCUUAAGAUGUAGAUGUGUAUUGUAUGGAUGUGAUGACUGCUAAGUGAAGUAGAAGUUUGCUUACAAUCGUGUCACUUUUUCGUCCAAACAUUCAGUAUAUAUUCAAACAGAGACAUCAAGUAAUCCCUUAAAGAGGCUGUGCGGGUUAAGAAAUCAGCACAAAUUUAAUUCGCUAACGGUUCUCCUUAGUAUAUACUGAUGACACCGAAAUAUUUGGGUCAGUGAUCCAAAAAAUUACUUCACUAUAAAAUAGUGUGCGUGCAAGUGACAAGAAAUGUGUCGCAGCGAAGACGUGUUGGAGUGUGUUGCUCUUUGAUGUGAGAGAACUGACAAUCACUCCGUCAGCUGUUCCCUAAACAGUAUAAUAUCUGUCGAACGCUCUUGAUUAAGAGGAAUAAUUGCAGUGUGGGACUCUAUCAAAGGAAGGAAGCGGUGCCCUGUCUUACUCUCAGGCUCUUGCAUGUCUGCUAGCUGUGACUGUAUUGCUGGGUCAAGAGUAUCGAGUGACGGCGUAAGGAUGGCGACUCAACUCGCACUCUCCUAAUCCACACAAUAGAUCUGAAAAGCUCAAAAGACAAGGUAUAUUAGCCGUAGUGUCUGUAUUACAUAAGACUGUUUGAAAAUCUCUGCUUCUGUUCAUUCAUCACACUACAGAAAUCACCUAGUUGCAAAUUAUUGAAAGAUUAUCAUCAGAUUUUGGAUGUCUUUUGAGCUUCCAAUAAUUAAAAACAAUGAUUUUUUAAGAAGAGAACUGUAGAGCUUCAUAACACAUGAAAAAUAUUUACUUUUUGUUCAGAUUUGGAUGGAUUUAAAGGUUUUACAUUCUUAAAGUCAACAUGAAAUCAAAACUGACCCUAUGAACCCUAUUUUAAUGCAUGUUUUUGUGAACAAUUCAUCUGUACACAUUUUUCUCUAAAGGAAAAAAUGCUAAUCUACUAGGGGUGUGCAGCAGAGCCAAUAUCUGUAUCUGUAACAAUCUCACAAUUAUUCGUAUCGGUAUCUAUAUUCGGAUAAAACCGAAAGUGGCCGGUGCUCUAACCGGAAGUUCGUAAUAUUACCCUCUAAAAAGGCUGGGUUGAAAAUGAACAAACCCAGCGAUUGGGUUAAAUGUUUGCCCAAAGUGCUGAGUUUUAUUUUACCCAACUAUUGUUUCAAAAUUACUAUAUGGUUCAUUUUAAGCAAGCAAUACAGUAAUUUUUAAACAAUAGUCAAGUUAAAUAAAACUACCCAGAAGGUUGGGCAAACAUUUAACCCAAUUACUGGGUUUGUCCAUUUUCAACCCAACUUGGGUUGUUUUUAACCUAGCAUUUUUUAGUGUGUACUUUUUUUUUUACGUUUUAAAUGUAAUUCAGUUUCCUUCAUGGUUAUCAUUUAACAAAUAUGCUCUUUUUUUUAAAUAAUCAUAACAUUAAUUUAAAUAUCUUCUAAUAUCAUAUCAGAGCUGAUAUGCAUUCCAAUGUCAAAUCUGAGCAAAUGAUAAAGAAUACAUAAAUGCUUGCCGUCUCCGAGAGAGAGUGAGACAGAGAAACAUAUGUAGCCUAUCGAAUCGUACAAGAUUUAAAACAUUUACAUAGAUGUAUCAAGUAGUAUAAAAUGUUUAUGAUUCAGUAUCUUGGUUAAUAUUACUCUUAAUAGAGAGCUCAUUUCUGAGAGACGUGCAGAGACGGCAACGCAGCUAUUUGAUUUGUAAUCAUGUUGUGCAUAUUUCAUUCAUUUGUGUAUCAUAUCGUACAAUUAAAGAGACGCAUCAAAUAGCAAAAAAAAAAUGUGCAUAAUAUAGUAUUUUAGUUGAUAUUCUCUUGCCAAGCUAUGAAUUUUGAGAGAUGCGCAGAGACGGCAACAUGGCUGUUUUAUAGACGGCUGAUUAAUAGAGUUUACACUCAUUCACUUCACACGCUCAUUACAUACAGGUUUAUGUAUAAUAUCAUGCUAUCACCUGACUCAUCUGUUAUCAAGCAAACACAAUGAGUGUCUGCUGAAUAUAUUAUUCGCUAGAAUUUAUUAUUUAUUUUGAAGCCAUUAUCCGUGCCUUUCCAACUAAGGUAUUCAGCUUUGCGCACAUCCCUAUAAUAUACGUAUACUUUAAUUAAAAUAUUAGUUGCUCUGUUUCUUUCAUUUGGCAUCUUUAGGUGUAAAUAUAUUCUAGGAUUGAAACGACCACUUUUCAUGGUCCAGUCAUAUCCCGAUUAAAGGGUUAGUUCACCCCAAAAUGAAAAUUUUGUCAUUAAUUACUCACCACGUAAGUAAUUCCACACCUGUAAGACCUUCGUUCAUCUUUGGUUCGGAGCGCGUAUCAAACUGCCAAAGUCACGUGAACCACUGAAAUUUCAAAACGUUUCAAAACACUUAUGAUGCAACAAAGCCUUGUUUACUGAAAUCACGUGAAAUCAGUUUGAUACACGCUCCAAACCACUGAUUCAAAACAAAAGAUUCUUAAAGCUUCGAAGCUUCAUGAAGCAGUGUUUUGAAAUCGAAAUUUGAAAUUCUCAUUGAAUAUCCCCUUUCCCUACUACAAAUACAGAACUUAAACGCAUUGCAAAUGCUAUUUCAUGUUGACUUUAAAAAUGUAUUCACUUAGAUAAAUAUUUACUGAAAUCUGAAACAGACAUUUUUGAGUAGUGAAGCAACUACAUUAGUGCCAAAGGUUUACUAAGUAAAUUAAAAAAAAAAAAAAAAAAAUGUGCGAGAAUGAAAAAAGAACAUUUGGAAUAAAUAAAUGCAUAAAAGGUCUUAAUAUGCAUGGUUGUUCUCCCCUCUUGCACUUUUGUACUUUUCUAUAAAGUUGGUUCCUUGAUAUAUCAUAUAAGCAACCUUAAUAAUGAGGGGUUUCUUUCCUCUCUGUUUUUUUUUUUUAAACAUGAUUUUUGAGGGAAAAAAAAAAAAUGGGGAAAUAUUAUGGCAGAUCAUCUCAGUAGUCAGGCAUCUUCAUUUGCAUGUGGUUCCAGUUGACCUCCGCUGGCUGAUUGUGUUCUGUAGCACUAAACCCUUGUUCUGACACUAAUCAGAAUCUGUGUGCAGUCAAAUGGUCAUCUCUCUUGGGUUCUGUUAGUUAGUAUGAAGGAUUAGAAUGGCAACACACUUUCAGCAUCCAACACGUCGAUACACAAAUAAAUUUCCAUCAGUACAAAAAAGAGAGUAAAGAGUAAAAAAAAAAAAAAAAAAAAGAGCAAAGUGUACAUAGAUAUACUUAACAGUAACCCCGGGAAAUACAUUUUAACAUAACAUAUGUGUAAACAAAAGGAAAAGUGGUUUAUACUUACUGAAAAUAGUUGAUAAAAGACAAAAAUCAUGAAAAUGAGGACAAUCUCUGUUGUUAUGUAUUUAAAACAUAUGCAUACUGUAUAUUAUUAUAUGUGUGCGCGUGCGUUUGUGUGUGUGCAUGUAUGUAUACUGGCACAAAGCUGGCCAGAUAAUGUAUGUACACACUAUGUAUCUUGUAUAGAAUCUGAAAAGAAUACAAAACUGCUGAUAUAUUAAAUCUGCUUGUAAUUUAAACAUCAUUUGUUGUAUUUCACAAUUAUUUCUUUCUUUGAAGGUGAGCUUUCUUGUCAAACAAUGAACACUGUUGAACAAUUGAAGUAUAUCUUGAUAUCACACCCCUGUAAAAUACUCCUAGAAGCUGAAAAAGAAACGAAAAGAAAAACGAAAACACUCAUUUACAUUUGAUGUAAUGUUUUUUCUUGUCUUGAAUUUUUUCUUGAACCAUUAAAUAUUGUGUAUAUUUAGA